GUGGGGCGCGAUUCCGCAUUUCGGCCCCCGACAGCCGAACGAGCGGGUGUCGUUCUUCGUGUGACAGUAAGCAGUCGAGUACGAACUUACGGGAGUGCGGGCGCGUGCGCGCGUAUGAUAAACCGGAAACCACCUACUCGUUUACCUUUGCCACUCAGCUCUGUUCAUCGCUCUUGUCAUGAACAGUAAGCGUUGAAUUUUACGCGUUUCUACGAUGAGACGCGUGGAAAUUGCUUAGUCCGUGACACGAUCGCGGCACAGUGUGAACGCAUCGAAAGUAUCGAUUUCACGUCAUCAGUUCGUGAUAGAAAAGAGCGUAGUGCGGUUUAAGACACUCGCCGAAGAGAGAUCCAGGAACACCUUCGGCAUGGGGGCGAGUGUCGUCGAGUAUGCGGUUUCACGUCCGACCAGAACUCUUUACAGUGCGCGGUGAUCGCGCUGAUCGUCACCGGGAAUACUCCUCCCGACGAAUAUCGUUAACGUUAAGUAACAGACAUGUCGUUACCCCGUGGCGUUGGCCUCGGCGUCGACGUGGGUCAGUUGAUGCAGCAUCAGCAGCAGCAACAUCACGUGCUGCCAGCCGCGUUCUUUCUACGCGCCAGUGCUGAGAGGUAUCAGCGGACCCCUAAAUGCGCACGAUGUCGUAAUCACGGGGUCGUAUCUGCGCUCAAGGGACACAAGCGUUACUGCCGAUGGCGGGAUUGCGUGUGUGCCAAGUGCACCCUUAUUGCCGAGAGACAACGCGUCAUGGCUGCUCAGGUUGCGCUUAGACGGCAACAGGCCCAGGAGGAAAGCGAAGCGCGCGAGUUGGGCCUGCAACUGCAAUACAAUGCUGGCAGCUGUACCACCGCCCCCGUUUUACCAGCGGCCGCCGGCGCGACGCCAGCUGGUAGUCCGCCCCCGCAUGUGGCGAGUUCGGCGGGCCUUGCGAUACCGGCUGCAGCUGCAGCGGCCGCCGCCGCCGCCGCUGCACAUAUCCAGACGCAGCUUCAGCAACCUGCCGAAUGUGGCCUUCUGCCAAGGAAGAGGUCCACCCAGGACGAGUAUCGGCAGCCGAAGAUCGAGAAAGGUGACGCCGUCCUUGGAUCAAAACGAUCUAGAAUAUCCGAGAGUACGACGACAACGAUCCUGUCAACCAGCGACAUUGGUAACGAAGACGAUCGUGAUUCCGACUCUGGUGGCGAGUUGCGAGCCGAUCGUUCACUAGUGGUGUCGACGUCGUCGGGAAUACCGGAAUCCGAGGCGACGCUGAGGAAGCGCACCAGCAGCCUGAACGAUUCCGAGGAAGGUAGUCCUGAACCGGGCUCGCAAAGUCCGACACACACGCCGCCGCUGACGCCGGCUUUAACACCACAAAGGGAGGAUACUCCGGCACCGGAGAACCUCAGUCUACGCAAAAGCGGCAGUCCCCCGCAGACGCAGCAGACUCUGCAACCGGUGGAUCUGGUACAGCCUAGACCUAGUCCCCCGCUACCGCCAUUAGCCGCGGCGACAGCGGUGCAUUUUCCUCCGUAUGCGCCUCUCUACGGGCCGACGGCGAGUUCGCUGGCGUAUUGCUCGCCAGCACUGUAUCAGCAUCAACAUCAUCAUCAUAUACCCGAACCGCGGGAGAUCCAGAUGCAGAUGCAAAUGCAGAACAUCCAGCAGACCUGCGGGUUGCAGCUGCAGCAACAACAGCAGCAGCAGCAGCAGCAGCACCGCUCACCGGUGGAUGUUCUGUUGCGUGUGUUUCCUGGAAGACGUCGUGCCGAUGUCGAAGCGCUUCUUCAUCGUUGCAAAGGCGAUGUGGUAUCCGCCAUGGAGGUGCUAGUCUGCGAGGACAGUCUGCAGCCGAAAUCGGCGUUCUCGCCGCUGGCGGGCGCCCUGGCAUCGGCGGCGGCAGCAUCCGCUGCGUCCGUUUCAGCAGCGGCAUACGCGAGUCGCGCCGCAUACUGCACCACUCCCAUACCGUCGACGCGACACCGGUUCCUGGCCGCGCCUUACACUGGCACCGGUUACCUGCCCACCGUCAUCAAGCCACCCAACCAAAGUCUGCACGCCAAUGGCACCGGCGACGCCUAUCGCGAGACCAGUCCCGACGACGCCAGCGAUAAAACCAGCUACUCCGAGUGACCUGACGAAAAUCACAUCUGGUCGUAUUCUCAGUAAGCCCCUUGACGAACGGCAACGCGCGACUGCUCUCGUUCUUCGGGGUUGUACCGGAUAUUGGGAACGCGAAGAAAUUUUACUCGAUGCCUCGACGUGUGGACAGUUAUUGAACUUCCUCUCUCCCCAGCAGUUGGACAAUUUGAAAUUUUUCUAAUGGACGAUAGCGACAUCAUUAUUCAAUUCGUCAUUCAAGCCGGCUGAAGGGAAAUUGUUUCUCAAAUCUUAAGACAUGAUUAGUUACUCGAUUGUAAAGUAUAUAAAGAUAUUGGCGACAUCAACUGAUCAAAAAGUCAGUUCCGUUCAUGUCAGCAAUAAAGCUACCUAUUAGUCUGUGGAAUUGAUUAUGCUAAUCGUAUGCUUAGCAUUUUUUAGAUGACUUUAAGUGCUCUGAGAAUAAUAUCUCUUUGAAACGGACAAUCUUUGUUCUUGAAUCUUCAGACCAGACAUUGCAAGAUUUAGCAAGAGGCUUGACGAUAUUUUUUAAAAAUAUAUUUUAUCGACUUUGGUGGCUGCUAAAUCGUGUUAUGGUUCUUUCAAGCGAUAAGGUAACAUCUUAGAGGAGAAGAAAAACUUUGAUAUCGAAAGAAUGUAUUCAUCAUCAAUGCCAGCAGGCAAUAUGUAAACCAAAUGACGUUGCAAUAAAGCUGUUCCAGUAGACAAUAAAAAAGUAAAUAUCAUCGCUCUUCAAGAGAAGCGUUGAAAGCGCCUUGAGGGUGUCGAAAUAUUGAAGAUGCAGCAAGGGUGUCUGACAAUCCGUUUUGGUAUCUAUACACUUAUACAAUAUAUCGUACGAAAGAUACUCGGAUUAAUCAGAUGUUUGCACUAACUUCGCGCAAAAUCGAUGCUAAUCGAUACAAUGAAUCAGCUGUAUGACGUAAUCCGCUAUAUAUAAAAAAAAGCAGCCGCAAAAUCGAGAAAACCGAGAAAAAAAAUGACGGAAUCCGCGGCCGAUUCAUCUCUAGAGUAUACUUUAUACAUGUGUAGAUAAUGAUUAUAUAGAUAGAUAUGUGUGUAGGUAACAAGUUCGACGAGUAUAUCAAGUAAAGAGAGAAGAAGGUGAGUUUGUAAAUACAUCGCUAAUUAUAUAGUUAAUUUUAUCUUGUAUUAAUCCCAAGAUUGCCGGAACAUAUUAAACGCGUGAAACGCGCGUACGCACGUAAUAUACAUAAAUGUUUGCCUGUAAGUAUAACGCCUGCAAGAUAUCUAGAUUGAUCCACUAGCAACCGGAAACAUCGUUCUGCUGUAGUUACCACGACAUGUUAUUUGAAAAGAAUGUAUAGACCGUAUACAUCCAAUAAAUAAGCAUUGAUACUCCAUA